UGUCAAGUCCACUGCUGCAGACAGAAUACAAUUGAGCAGAGACAGUUCGCCAGACAAAGAAGGCAGAAGCAAGCAGGCAUGUCUGCGGCAAGCAGCGGCAGCAUGGACGGUAGCGGGCAGCAGCAGCAGCAGCAGCUUCCCGCAAAGACGAUCCCUGCCCGACUCCGGCGCCACAAGACCAUCACCAACCGCCGCCUGCACUACCUGCAAAAGCACACGCCGGACUACUUCUACAGCUCGGGACUUGCCGAGGCGAGUCCGCUUCUGUAUGACCGGCUUGUUCGGCGGUUUCAGACGCCGGCAGAGCGCGAGGUCGAGACCGAUAGGCGCGGGUGGGCGGGUCGGAUGUAUGAGGAUCUGAUGCGUGCCGAGCGGAGGUUGGACAAGAUCGAGAAGGAGAAAGCGGAGGAGCUUCGACGGCAGGAGAUGGGUGAUCUGAGCAACAGUAACGAUGAUGAGGCAACGACACAGGUGUAUGGAGAAGAGGAAGAGGCGGGCGAUCUGGUUGUCGAUGCGGAGAUCAGCUCGAAAGAAGAAGGUAUACAGCAAUGGGAGAAACUCAUGACACUGCGAUUUCUGAGUGGAUUAGAUACCGACUUUGACUAUGACGGCAUCGAUUUCGACGAAGAAUGGGACGACUACGUGCAAAUCAACCGGGACAAGGAGGACGACUAUUUCGAUUCGGAAGAGCCUACGUGGUGCUAUGACGAUACGGACGAUUCAGUUUCGGAAAGACCUUUGAACGGACAGACUGGUGUGCAGGAUUUCUGAGUAGGUACGAUCCAGCUGUAAUAUCAGGCUGCAUUGUAAUAUCUCUUGAGAGAUACAAUAAUUACAUAAUG